AUGGGUCAAUUUACAAGUUCACAUAAUAAAAAGGAAGCCAAGUCAACAGGAGCUCCUACAAGUGCAGAGAGUGAGCACGCUUCACUAGCUCGACUUCGACAUGAUCAGUAUUUGGCCAGGUAUGCCGAAAUUAUGAGGAAAAAAGGGUACUUACCUGAAAUCUUUCUUGUACAUGAAACUUUUAGCUCACAAUUCAUUGAUGAGGACGGUGAUGUUGCUCAUGAAUUUUAUACGGAACAGAAGUCAGCUGAUGGUCACUUGCGACGACUGCACAGAGUUUUGAAUAAUCUUCGGCCGAAGGGCAAGGAACAAUACGCAAUCCCACGACUAAGUCCGGAUGCACCCGUUGUGAUGUGGGAAGUGGAGCAGCAAUGCUGA